CUGCGUACGUUUGCUGUGACUCGCUGGCCGCUUUUCGUUCAUUCCGUUUUUAACACGCGAGCGGGUCGCACGCUCGCAUUUCGCUAAAAUUAAAACACGUGGCUGAUGCUUGGAACCAAAACGUAACCUAAAAGUUGAACCGUCACCCGCUCUAUUAUAAAACAGAUAAAUAACCUAACCUAAGGUUUACCGGAAAGUCUAUCGAUCAGCGUUGCAAAAUGGUGAACGAAUCAAAUGGCGCUAUUCCAGCGCCACAGGAGUUGGAAACAUUUAUAUCUCCGGAUGAAAAGAACAAAGAAAAGAUUGUUAGCAAAUAUAACAUGACGAAAGAUGCGGAGUCAGGAGACUUUGAUCCGUUCACCGAAAGGAAGUUGGACACUCCUACUUCGAAUAUGGACACUCUAACACACUUAUUGAAGGCUUCCCUGGGUACUGGAAUCUUAGCCAUGCCCAAAGCCUUCAAGGCAGCCGGAUUGAUCAAUGGAAUACUCUUCACGGUUAUCGUGGCCGUCGUUUGCACUCACUGCUCGUAUAUACUUGUCAAAUGUGCCCACGUUUUGUACAAGAAGACGAAAAAAACUCAGAUGUCCUUUGCGGAAGUGGGCGAAGCGGCUUUGGAUAACGGUCCACAGCCGUUAAGAAAAUGGGCGAAUGCUUUCAGGAUAUUCAUCGUCAUUAGUCUCUUUAUAACGUACUUUGGGACGUGCUCCGUCUAUACGGUCAUAAUAGCACGCAAUAUUUUACAGAUAAUUCAGUUCUACUGCGGCGAUAUUAUCAAUGAACGUUUUCUCAUUAUAAUAUUACUGGUCCCACUUAUUCUCAUGGCCUGGAUUCGAAAUCUUAAGUACUUAGCUCCUGUGUCAAUGAUCGCGAAUUUAUUCAUGGCUGUGGGUCUAGGGAUCACCCUUUACUACUUAGUAGGUACUGGACAACUGCAAUACGAUAAGAUCAAGGACAUGCUCUUCAAACAUCCCAGCGAAUGGCCCGAAUUCUUUUCGCUCACAAUUUUCGCAAUGGAAGCCAUCGGAGUUGUGAUGCCUCUCGAAAACUCAAUGAAGACCCCUCGUGCGAUGCUCGGUAUCUGCGGUGUAUUGAACAAAGGCAUGUCCGGUGUUACACUAGUCUACAUUCUUCUUGGCUUCCUCGGCUACCUGCGGUUCGGAGAGGAAGUCCAAGAUUCCAUCACUCUUAGUUUAGGGGACGCGAUCCCUGCUCAAAUAGUAAAACUGUCUAUAGCCAUUGCAGUAUACUGCACUUUUGGCCUGCAGUUCUUCGUGUGCAUUGACAUUAUGUGGAACGGUAUUAAGGAUAAAUUCACGAAACGACCGGAGCUCGCCGAUUACAUCAUGAGAACGAUUAUGGUCACGGUGUGCGUGUCGAUUGCCGCGGCCGUUCCCCAGAUUAGUCCUUUGAUGGGAGUCAUUGGCGCAUUCUGUUUCUCCAUCCUCGGUCUUAUCGCACCAGCAAUGAUUGAAGUCAUUACGUAUUGGGAACCGGGAGUCGGCCCAGGAAAGUAUUUGAUCUGGAAAAACAUUCUAGUGGUUAUUUUUGGUACAUUCUCCUUAGUUUUUGGUACUAAAGACGCCAUACUUGCAAUUUUAAAAGACUUCUAAAAUUAUAAAUAGCCCUAAACCAAAUUAAGGAAUAAUCUUCAAAGAUUAUUGUGAUAGGAAAAGCGUGGCUUACAGUGUAACUAUUAGUUAAUAAAACACUAUGUUCAUUCAAUAAAUUAGAUGUGGUUUUUAAAAGAAUGUGGUCUUUCCACAUAAAACGGCACCAAUAUUUUAAAUCUAGGAUCUAGCAUAAAAAUAUUUUGUCCGGAUAAGAUAAAAUGAGAUCACUGCGUCCUCGCCCUAACGACUUCUUCAUCCGUCCGUAGAAGUAUGAAAACUUACCUUCCAACUCAAAUUCCCACCAAUUUCGAUCCUGAGUCCUGAUCUGGCCCAUUCCCUAGAGAGUUCAAGUUAGACAGGCGGGAUGCGUUAUGAAAUUGUAGCCGAAACAAACGAUUGAUUUGUUCCAAUCCCACCUAUCAGGAAUGUGGGCAAGAAGAAAAAUUCAGAUUUACAUUGACCAUGAAAGGUUUACUUAUGAACCAAUUUUGUUAGUUCAUGAAUUUUAUUUAGCUUGUGCCACUGAGGUGUAACAACGAUGGGACCAGAUUCUUCGAAAAUUUGGUCUGUUAAGUUAAAUUUUUACGAUUUAUUCCUGUAAACAACUAAAGUUUAUAGGAGUCUUAUAAGAGAACGCAAAAUAAAUAAUGAAAUUCAAUUACAUUCCCGUACCAGGAAUUGAGAGUGAAUGUUUUGAUUGAAGAUUUAGAUGUUUAAGGCUUCGCGUUUACUUCACAUAUUGGUUCGCAUUCGUUGGUUUAUCUGUGAAAAGAUUUUCUUUGUAGCCAAUAGGAUUACUUAAUUGUAUUAGAAAAAAGUAUUAAAAUAUCGAAAUGUCAAAAGUUUCACCAAUACAAUCGAGUCGAUAAUGUUAAUUUUUUUUGCACUGCCUAAAUUAGCGAAACUCCACACUAAAUUAUUAACAUUACUUCGCAUGAAACGACGUAUGAAUAAGUAAUCAAAGUUGCAUUUAAAUAUUUUAUAUUUUGAAAAUUUAUUUAUUAAAUAAAUUAAAAUUAUUCAAAUAUCUUGUAUUGUAUUCAAAUAUAAAUAGGUAUAUAAGUAUACAGUACAUAUUAUUGUGUAAUGUUACAAAAUAAAAAGAAAACACUUGAAUGGUAACUUUGAACCACAGUCGAGGUGAAUAAUCACAAAAAUAUUGUACUGAAUCAAAUAUUACAA